UUGAUUUCACCAGCUCCUACCCACCUGGCGGCCAGUGGUAACUGUGAAGGUAGGAUCGGGUGGUGAUCUCCACCUGCCGGAGAAUUUGGGUGCCCUUUCCAGCCUUUCAGGAAUAUGGAGAGGGCUCGGCCUGAUCAUCAUGCGUAGCAACUCCAGGCCACGGCCGCCAGGGGGCGGUGACCGUGCUUGGAACUGCUUGUGGCACCUCUUCCGGUCUGUUUGCACCAGUUGAAAGCUCUAAGGGCCUCAGAGCACAGCUUGGGGAACUGCGAGCCUGGACGACUUUGGGACGGCAGGUGCUGGAGGUGGAUGAGGCAAAUCCAGGCUAGUUCACACACUCCAAGGCAUUCUAACUGGUAGCCUGAAAAACUUGGUUGGGUCUAACAAGGCUGAGUUUGUGAUGCUUUCUAGUUCAGAAGGUCUUGAUCUAACCAGAAGCAAAGAGGUCAUGGCCGGCCACAUACUUCCGAAGGUUCCUGAGGAAACACCCUGAGAAGAUAGACUCAGGCACUCGCAGCAAGCAGUAGGAGAGGGAGUCGCUGAUAGACCUCUUCAUGUCCAGUGUGAGGUUUCGCCUAUUGCUUUUCCCAGCACCUGUCCCCAUAUCUGUCGGCCCUCGAGGCUUUUUCCUUGGAGUCUCCUGACUUUAAAUGGUGCAACCAGUGGCUUUCAUGUCAAUAUGCAAAAUGGAUAUUAGACUGAGAUUAUAGAAGUGGAGAGAAGCUAAUGGUGCCCACCCAGAAGCUUGGGAUACAGGUGGAGGUGUGUGAGUGAAGGAGUUGCAGUGUGGCAAAUGGGCCAUGGAAGCCUUUAAUCUCCCAUUCCUUUGUCUACCUUGUGAACCAUGAUCUUGCUGGCUAUCUCUGAACCAUCCCCUGCCUCUUGCAGGUCUUCCAUAGAAGCAUCAGGAGGAAUAGCUUGACUAUAGAUCUAGCAAUGGCAGAGGGACCUUGAUAUCUUUCUUAGGCGUUUGGUGGUCCAAGUGAUGACCCUUCCUCUCUUCAGACCCUGCUGUAGACAUUUGAUUCUGUCUUCUCUGACACAGGGGAAUGCAAAUUAUAGGGCAGCUCUUCUUCCAUGAUGUUUAUCUUAUGUAGGUUCCUUAUCAAUGAGGCACAUGCUUAGGUCUUCAGUAACCCCUAUUUCCUUGAUAAGGAUAAGGUCUGCAGCAACUUCCUGGUGAGUGAUGGCAUCUGAGCUAUAGUUGACAGAGCUGUCACCUAGUGGACAGGCAGGGGGAAAUGAAAGACUGAGUAGCAGCUCCCAACACCACCUACUUCAUACAACCCUGAGACCUAAAAUGAAAGCCUCAAAGGAGGAAACUUCAGGGGCUGGAGUGGUUGGCCAGGUAGCCUGAUACAUCCUAGGUUAAAGUGAAGUUUAGGGUUCAGGGUCUGAUAUUCUAGAGCCAAGUCUAGUGAAUCAGUAGGUGGAGCAGCUCUAUAUGUUAACAUAACAAACCUGGAAUUAGGCCUUCCCUUUCUGAGACCAGCACAGUGUUAGCUUCCCACAGACCUGAUGGAAUACUCAAAGAACAUGUUAGGAUCCCUCUGUUGUGAUCAGCCAGCCAAACUUGUGAACUGAUUCCCUAGGACCUCUUGACUCUGCAUCUCUGCCCAGAACAACUUUAGCCUUCCAGAGCAAUCCUAGAGCAUAUCCAGCCAACCACCUGAGUGAGGAGGCAGAGGGACAAGCUCUAUAAACACAUACACAAGUACACGUAAACAUAGAUAGGCUCUUCUUGCUCCAGGUGUCUAGUAGGGAUGUAGACACAGCCAUAAAUUACCUAGUGAGAAGAGCUGCCUCGGAGGUGCUCCCAGAGUAGCUCCUGUUCAGGUGUGUGAAGUCCACUUGGAAGCUUCCUUUUUCCCAAUCACCUGCCAGACUGUCUUCAUGCUGGAGGCCAGCCACGUAGGAUGAGGUUGCCGUAAGGCCAACCCACCCCUGGAAGAGAAUCCCAAGGCCAGCAGAACCUCUCUGAUUAGAUCUUAAGUCAGUAAAGGGAUUUCAGCUGAGACUGGAACCAAAUCUUCCCUUUCUCUCUAUGCUGUGGGCAGGGAGGUGAGUGUGUCCCCUGCUGACUGAUAAGGCCUGGGUAGCCAUAGGACUUACUGGAGCCUCUGUAAGGUGGGGGUAGGACAGUUAUUCUUGGAUGUGCUAGGGUAGAGUUUCAGAUUUGUUUAUCUUUGUAGGAGGCACCUUGGGGCCAGAGGAGAGGCACCCAGCUCAUCACUGACAUUCAGAUCACCUGGCCUAGAGGGGCCUCAGAUUUCCUUGUCUUGCUGUGUAUGCAUUCGGGGCACAACUGUAUUUCUUCCAGGAGAUUUGGGAAAAGGUACUAAAGUACAGUGGUCCUCAGCAAGUCCAGGCUAAUGAGCAUACUGGCUGACACUGAAAUAUUCUUCACAACAACUGGCCUGGGGAUUGUGCGGGCCAGAGUUAGUACUAUUAAUAUCUGGUGCAUGAGCCCUAACUGGGUGAUCCUCUUAUACAUGUGGCCUUGGCCUCUGAGUCUAGCAUUGUGUUCCCUUAGUGCAGUAGGGCUCCUGGGGCCAUCUAGCUGCUGUGCUCUACCCCCUAUAUAGAGUAAGCUACUGCUGCCAGCCUAGGGGUCCAAUCCUACCUAGCUCUUCUGCUGUGCUGCCCACAGGAGUGAUUCCAUCCAUGGAGGAUCAGUUCAGGUGGCCAGAAAUCCCAAGCUGUCCUUGGGGACAACAGUAGUUCUAAGAGGUAGUGAUAAUCUAGGUAGCACCUAGACCACGUAUACCUGGGUCAUCUCACUGUCCAGGGAUACCUACCUCUGAACCUUCUGUACCUACCUGCAUCCUUGGCAAUGAGCAGCCCCCCAGCUUACCCUGGCAUCAGGAUCUCAGGGUGCUGGACUCUUGGAGAAGAAGGCAGGUGAGUUGCAGCAGAGUCCCUGCUGAGGAGAACCCUACUUCCCAAUGAUACAGACCACUCCUAACUUAUGUGUGAUGUGUGUCCAUGAAUAUCUCUGAAAACAAACAAGCCGGCAGGUGCUCCUGGGAGCCAAACAAUGCUCAGGGCUGCAGAUGUGGCUGACUUGGGAUGGUAGGUUAUGGUAAUGUCUCUUAACUCUGUUAGUACAAAUGAACUUUUGUUAUUGAGGCCAGAAGCCCCUUUGUCUGUCUGUGGGUAAGAGAUGAAGUAUUUUGUGCUAUUUUCCCAUCAAGAGGCACCUUUUGUGAAAAAUGGGGUGAUGCCAUAUCUCUGGUUUUAGGAGACAGCUAUUAACUUUGAGGAGGACAAGGGGUCCUUGUACAGACACAGCAUGAGGUGGAUUUCUGGCAAAGUUCUCCCUGAUCUACUUGCAACUGUGCAUUCUUCCCAUCAGCAGCACAAGCCUUGGAAGGGAUCUUCACCAAGGUGGAGAAGAGUGGCUGAUGGGAACUUAAAUUCCCCUAGGGAAACUGGUACUGUGAGAAUCAGGGGGAUCAGGAAAACAGCCCCAGCCUGUUGCCUCCUUUGUCCAAUUUCUGUCUGAGUGUGUCAUGGCUUUGUGUGUACUUGUGUUUACCAGUGGUGGCCAGGGCACAGCCUACAGGCAGGCUUUAUCAGGUUGUUGGCUCUCUUGCAAGUCAGAUGCUCUGCAUUGGAGUAGUUUCCUCCCAAAAGCUGAGGGCAGCUCCCUGGGGAAAGUGGAGGAAGCCUGGUGGGGAGACAGAGAACCUGAAUUUGUUUUUUGUUUAUUGUGGCCUCCCAGAGCUACACUGUGUACUGUGGUCAUGCUGCCUCUAGGGACCAAGGCAAGACCCAGUCUGGAACCCUGGGGAGUCUCUGCUCUUUCCUCUAGCUGGGGGCCCCCAGCUCUUGCCCGCUGGAAAGGACAGCCCAGUGGAUAAGCUUCACAGAUCCAUUUGUUUACUGUGGAUGGAUUAGUAUACUCAGCAGCAAUGCAGGGUCCUUGGACAGACUUCUCCCACCAGUGGGUACCGGGCGCUCACCCCGGAAGCGCACCACCAGCCAGUGCAAGUCAGAGCCACCCCUGCUUCGUACAAGCAAACGUACCAUCUACACAGCCGGGAGGCCACCAUGGUACAAUGAACAUGGCACACAAUCCAAGGAGGCCUUUGCCAUUGGUUUGGGAGGUGGCAGUGCAUCUGGGAAGACUACUGUGGCCAGAAUGAUCAUUGAAGCACUAGAUGUGCCUUGGGUGGUCCUGCUGUCCAUGGAUUCCUUCUAUAAGGUUCUGACACAGCAGCAGCAGGAACAGGCUGCCUGCAACAAUUUCAACUUUGACCACCCUGAUGCCUUCGACUUUGAUCUCAUCAUUUCCACCCUCAAGAAACUAAAGCAGGGCAGGAGCGUCCAAGUACCCAUCUAUGACUUCACCACUCAUAGCCGGAAAAAGGACUGGAAAACACUAUAUGGUGCAAAUGUCAUCAUCUUUGAGGGUAUUAUGGCCUUUGCUGACAAGACACUGCUGGAGCUCCUAGACAUGAAGAUCUUUGUAGACACAGACUCUGACAUCCGACUGGUACGGCGGCUACGCCGGGACAUCAGUGAGCGAGGCCGGGACAUUGAGGGUGUCAUUAAGCAGUACAACAAGUUUGUCAAGCCUGCCUUUGAUCAGUAUAUCCAGCCCACCAUGCGCCUGGCAGAUAUUGUGGUGCCCAGAGGGAGCGGGAAUACAGUAGCCAUUGACCUGAUUGUGCAGCAUGUCCACAGCCAGCUGGAAGAGAGGAAGCUGCGUUGGGAUAUGGCCGCUUUGGCCUCAGCUCACCAGUGCCAUCCCCUUCCCCAGACGUUGAGUGUCCUCAAGAGUACACCACAGGUACGGGGCAUGCACACCAUCAUCAGGGACAAGGAGACCAGCCGGGAUGAAUUCAUUUUCUACUCCAAAAGAUUGAUGCGGCUGCUUAUUGAACAUGCACUGUCCUUCCUACCCUUCCAGGACUGCACUGUACAGACCCCACAGGGGCAAGACUACGUGGGAAAGUGCUAUGCUGGAAAGCAGAUCACCGGAGUGUCCAUUCUUCGUGCAGGGGAAACCAUGGAGCCUGCACUGCGUGCUGUGUGUAAGGAUGUGCGCAUCGGCACUAUCCUCAUCCAGACCAACCAGCUCACAGGGGAGCCUGAGCUCCACUACCUGAGACUUCCCAAGGAUAUUAGUGAUGACCAUGUGAUCCUGAUGGACUGCACAGUAUCCACAGGUGCUGCAGCCAUGAUGGCUGUACGUGUACUGCUGGACCAUGAUGUGCCAGAGGACAAGAUCUUCUUGCUAUCCCUGCUCAUGGCAGAGAUGGGUGUGCACUCUGUGGCCUAUGCAUUCCCACGUGUAAGAAUCAUCACCACAGCUGUGGACAAGCGUGUCAAUGACCUUUUCCGUAUCAUCCCAGGCAUUGGGAAUUUUGGUGAUCGCUACUUUGGGACAGACGCAGUUCCUGACGGCAGUGAUGAGGAAGAGACAGCCUCUGUGGGCUAGUUCCCAGUCUGAGCUACUCUUAUUUCUAUCAAGCCUCCUGUCUCCUGCUCUGGGAUUGCAGAGACAACACAUUAACUUAUUUGAAUUUAAAAUGUUACCAGACAUUCAGUUUACACAUUUUUUUUUUUUUUGGUUUUUCGAGACAGGGUUUCUCCGUGUAGCUUUGCGCCUUUCCUGGAACUCACUUGGUAGCCCAGGCUGGCCUCGAACUCACAGAGAUCCGCCUGCCUCUGCCUCCCGAGUGCUGGGAUUAAAGGCGUGCGCCACCACCGCCCGGCCAGUUUACACAUUUUAUAAAUCAAAUAAAGCUUUAGAAAAUGAAGGUGUGACAGAAUGUAUUCUGGGUGGGCUCAGCUGAGGCAGUCUCCAAGGUGUAUGUAGUGGUUUGAAUAGGUAUGGCCCCCAUAGACUCAUGUGUUUGAAUCCUUUGCCCAUAGGGAGUGGCAAUAGUAGGUGUGGCCUUGUUGGAGGAAGUGUGUCACUGUAAGGGUGAGCUUUGAGGUCUCACAAAAUACUCAAGCUACACCCAGUACACAGUCCUCCUACUGCCGGCAGAACAAGAUGUAGAACUCUCAGCUUCUUCUCCAGCACCAUGUCUGCCUGUGUGCUGCCAUGUUUCCCACCAUGAUGCUAAUGGACUAAACCUCUGAACUGUAAGCCAGCCCCAAUGAAAU